AUGGUCAGGGACAAAGAGGAGGGAUCAGCUUGUAUUCUCUCGAUAUAUUCGCUGGAAUCCUCGGCUUGUUUUGUGCGCGUUUUCUUCGAGCAUUCUACUGGUUUCCUUCGUUUUCACACGGGCUCUGCCACCACGGGUCCCACCAUGAAUCCGAAUCCGAAGCGUACUUCCAUUGUAUUUGACGCUGUGGCAAUUGAUGACCUUCGCCCUACUAGCCCACCUCACAACAUCGUUGAUCCUGGUGAUGGGUGUACUAGAGGCGGGUCAGAACGGCCGCGUGAUUGGCAUCACUUCGCUUUUACUCACCGAAGAGCGGUGGUUGGGAGCUCUUUGAUCACGAUGUACAUCGAUGGCCAAGAAGUGUCAACAAAGAAACUCAACUUUCCUUCAGCUCCAUCGGCGGGAUCUUUUCAAGCAUUUGUUGGAAGCGACGCGCAAGUUUGUAGUCCCCACUCGGCGUUAUCGUGGAAAAUUGGACCAGCGUGGCUCUCAGAUGAAGUGCUACCAAGCAAAACAAUAGCAGGUAUGUUCUCUCUUGGGCCAACGUUCACCCAAGAGUUUAGUGGUAACUCUUACCGCUCUGUGGGAGAUUGGCCAGAGGCGCUUGCCAGUUCAUAUUUGGCCCGUGCAGCUGACCGCGGGAUCGAAGUUGCCCAAUUCACACGACGCUUACAACUCACUAAGUUGGGGCAGGCAUGUCAGCGACAGUGGCGCGAGAUUAUGACGGCUGAUGCGGUUACGACCGGUGCUGCCUUAAUUGCGGAGUCGGUGAUCGCAAAAAAGGAAGAGCUAACUGAAGGAUUGAGGAUAGCGGCUGGAGCAGCUGGCGGAAUUUCACGAAAGGAGUCCAACAAGGUGGCAGCGUUUCGAAGUUUCGUCAGCUAUGGUUGUGAUCCAAGCUCAUUUGGCGUUGAGAUUGAGAUUCUUCUCGGUAAUUGCAAGCUCCCGGAAGACUCUAUUCUUUUUUCACUGAAUACAUCGUGCAGUGAUCGAUCAAGCACACCAGUUCUGGCGCACACUCAAGUGCACUACAUCAACACCGCGCUAUCGUCCCGCCUGGAUUUAGCUCGGUCUCUGCCUUCCGUGGGAGGAAUUUGCCAAGUCAUUUUCCCACUGCUUGAUAAUGCGCGACGGCAAUGUGACUUCAGAAUCGUGUUUGAGAUGCUGGUUGACGUGUUACGUCGAAACACGGCUUGCUUAGCCGAGUGUAUUGGCUGCAAUGGUUACAACCUUAUUUCUGUGAUCCUGUGUACACGUGUAGACUUGAUCGAUGAGAAAAUGCUCACAUCAAUCGUACGGCUAGCGGUUGCAGGAAACUUAGUGCUUUAUGCCAACUCCGAAACGACUACCGGGAGGCAGUUAGCACAUCCGACGAUUGUGGACGCAACCGCUCUUGCACAAGUAGUCCUGAAUGUUGAGUUACGCAAGAAAUUGCCAGAGCACCUACAGUGCCAGCUCGUAUCACUGUUGAUGGAUUUGGUCGUAUUGAAGAACCCGAAUGCAUUAUUCAAUGCUCGCCAGUUACGAAGAUCAGGACUUUUCCAGUGGAUUCUGACUUACUUAUCGGAUCUCGGCAAUGAGAAGUGUCAAAUGAGCCAAUCUAUUGCACUUGAGAUGCGAUGGUGUUUUCCCAAGUUUGUUGAACCGAUGUUUGAGGCCAUCUUGCAGUAUGUGCUAUCUCUACUUCGAGCAUUUUUGCGCGUGGAAAAUCACGUGGAUGACUUUCGUGGUAUCAGUGAAAUCGUGCUUCUCUCGAUGGCAAGUAUGGAGAUGCACGCUAGAAACAAUCCUAUUCGCGCGAUUCUACUUCAAUUUAUACUGCAUGAAAUUGAGAACGACUCGCGAAAUGAAAGGCGUGUCGAGAAUGGUGGUAACCAGGAUGCAGUAUUAUUGAGCUCCCCACCCGCCGAAAACUCUUCCAAGCUCGGCAAAAGCUUUUUCUCGUAUUAUCCUGUGGAUGGGUUUGCAAACAUACUCCUAGAUGUUAUUGACCAAGAUGCCGACAGCGGU